CCACCAGCUUAUUCCAAGGUCGAUAUACCAUGCCCCGACUAUCACCCGCCUACCUCCGCAAAGGCCUCAAUAUCUCCCCCUUCAUCCCCCACCUCCUCCCCCAAACCCGCACAAUCGAACAAUCAAUAGCAGAAAUGAAAUGGAUGUACGACAUUAUCAAAGAACGCACCACCGUCGAAAACUACAAAGAAGGACGCAUGAUGCUCCGCGGGAUGGUGAUGCGACGCGCUGAGGGUGUACCACUCCAAUACGUGCUGGGCUCCCAGCCAUUUGGGGGGAUUGAUAUUGGGUGUCGACCAGGUGUCCUGAUCCCGAGAUGGGAAACAGAGGAGUGGACGGUCCACCUCGCAAGCUUGAUCCAGAAAAACCUCAUACAAACAACGACCCAAAAAAUCCCACGCAAACUCCAAAAACAAUUCAACGGAAAAAAAGAAAUCACGGUACCAGCAGAAAACACUCCACCCCUCCACAUCAUCGACCUAUGUACCGGCACAGGUUGUAUCCCCCUCUACCUCUCCACCGUCCUCCCACCAACCACGACCCAUAUCGCCGCCUACGACAUCUCCCCCCGCGCCCUCAAACUCGCAAAAGACAAUAUCGCAGCAUUCGCCUCACACCUCCCCCACCCCCCCAAACUCCACCACGCCAACAUCCUGCACCCAACCUUCUCCCUCCCAUCCAACGAAGUCGACCUAGUAACCGCGAACCCACCCUACAUCCCCCCCCACGACUGGACCCGCCUCACUGCCCCCUCCGUCCGACACCACGAACCACGGCUCGCGCUGCUCUCGCCUGAUGGGACGGGUGAUGGGUUUUAUCAUGUGAUUGCGGAGAAGGCGUUUGUGGGUGGAGCGAGGGGGUUGGUGAUGGAGGUUGGGGGGUGGGAACAGGCGGGGAGGGUGGAGGGGAUUGUGAAGGGGAAGGGGUGGGAGGGGGUUAAGAGUUGGGGGGAUGGGGCAGGGAGGGGGAGGGUUGUUGUUGCGUGGAGGAAGGGGGGUGGGAGUGGUUGGCGGAGGGGCCGAAGGAGGUGGAGAAGAUGGAGCCGGAGGUGAUGGAAGAGGAGAAGUGAUGGAAAUAAUAUCGUUAUGCCUUAACAUCUCCGCUCAUAGUAGUGAUCAUGCUUCGUACUCGCCAAGAGUCAAAGCACAGUAAAAUGGAUCUCAAACACAC